AUGGCGGAGACGGUCUCUAUUACGAUAUGUGGUGACGGAGGAUGUGUGGAUGGCCGGCCCUAUUUCCUCGCUCUCACUGACACGGCGGGUCAAGAAAGAAUAUCGUGGCUUAUGGGCAGCAUCAAACAUAAGAUCAGACGCGUUCCUUCUAUCUACGACAUUACGAACGCCCCCACUCUCGAUGCUCUGGAUUAUUUCAUGGACAUGAUCGACCUAGAAGCAGAAAAUAGGCUAGAGAACAAUCAGCGACUGAUUAAACAACUGGGGAGGAGAAGCUCAGGGAAAGAGCGGGUUGCGGUGGGCAUGGCUGCACCCGUGACCAUUGUCGCUGGUAAUAAAUGCGAUCUUAAAGACGCGCGAGUCGUUAGCGCAAGACAGGGUUUAGAAUGGGCUCGGAGACGCGGGUGCGGAUUCAUGGAGACCAGCGCAAGGGAGAUGGUAAACAUUGAGGAGACUUUUGCCCUGAUCGUGCGCCGCGUUGUCGAAGCACGUCGCAUCCAUUAUCUGCAACAAUUCCCACCCAAUAUGCAAACUUCUCCGCCACAGAAUUCGCGGCCGCCGAUGGAGCGGACAACGUCGCAACUCAUUGCGCACUCACAUACUCCUCCUUUGACAGCUCACGAGCGAGCUUUAAGCGAUGCUGUCUACCAGAGCCAGCACGAUUCCUCUCAGAAGCAAUGGCUCGGUAUAGGGAGGGCCCUGUCAAAACGGAUAGCGAAAAUACGAAAGAACAGUGACACUCCCCCCUCUAAUAGUCAGACACCAGCACGACGAAGGCAAUCACAAGCAGAAUCUUCCGCAGGCAGCGCAGCAAAGUCUUCCAAAAGAAGAUCAUCCACUGCACGAAGCAAGGUAAAUACUGCUGACGUGCCACAUGAAGCACAUCAAAAUGAGCCCAACCAUUCUCGGGGUGAUAGUCAUCAAGCGCCGGAGAAUGGAAACCCGGAACGCUGGUGGAAGCGACUUAAUUGCGCUCGAGCUUGA